AUGAAAGCACCAACCAUCCUAAAGAGCUUUCUCUUGCGCAAAGCUCCGGCGGCAGUAGCUCCUUUACCGGAAAAAACCCGAUUCAACCGAGAACUCACAGCGGAACUCGACACCCUUGGUGGAGAAAUUGGGUUGGCUCCAUUGCUUGAUGCUGCCAUCAAAACUCAAAAAAUUACAUUAGAUUCACUAGUGAACAUUUCUUAUAGAGAUUAUUCUGAUCGUGGAGACGUUGAUAAGUACUUAGAAGACAACGUUGAGUUUCUUGAUGUAUGCAAUUACUUUGUUGAAAAAAUUGAGAACAUUUAUAAUUAUCUAGACAAAUUGAAAGUUGUUGUACAUUUAGUUGAUAAUAAUUGUAGUCCAUUGAAGCCUAAUAAUGUUGCAACAGCACGUGCAAUGGAACUUUUGAAUUCAUCAUCAUUUAAAAUUGUAGUAGAAAAGAGAUCAAGCAAUAGAUUGAAAAAAUUGUUAAGGCAAAAACUAUGUCAUCAUGAAACAGAAAUGAGCAAGAUUGUGUGUGGUUCUAAGGCUGUGACAUUGAUGUGUUUAAGGUUUCUUGAACUUGGUUUGUCAUUUGAUUCACAAAGUGAAAAAUUGCCAAUGAUGAAACUUUCUCAGCCUACAAGUUCUUCAUGGUUGAGAUUGCUGCAAGAGUUGACAAAAGAAGCAGAAGCAUGUGUUGAUGAGAAGAAGUUGCAGAAAAAGAGUUCAUGUAUGAGUGAGUUGCAGCAAAUGGUGGAUGCAGCAAGAGAACUGAAAGAACAGAUGAAGAUGGAAAACGAGAUGAAAUGUUGUGUUGUGAAAUUGAAGAAAAAGUGCAAGGAAUUGGAGGAUGUAGUUGAUGUUAUUGAUGAAAGAGUAAAAGAAUUGUAUAAAUGUUUGAUUGAUGUUAGGAUGAGUCUUCUUGGAAUUCUUUCACAGCACUAA